AUGCCAGAGAGUUUCACAUGUAUCUUUAUGAUUCAAGUCAGGUUGCUUGGGGUUCUUCUUACUUGUCAUGUUAUCCCACCACUCGUACGUAAAGAUUCGCAAAAGAGACUUUUCACAACCAUUUUGGUUUCUUCUAUACCAUCUUCUAAGGAGUUGUGUCGUAGCUACAAAAUCUUGAGGUUCCGGUGUCAAUACGGAAAGUUGGUGGCAUCAUGGGGCUGGGGUGCACUUAAUGUCACUCCGGAACCAGAAGGCAACAUUAUAUCGGAAAUAUAUGAGUUUAGCUCUAAUUUAUGGAGGAAUCUGGAUGCGGUCCUUCCCGAUCAAGCCUACUUAAAACCUAGUGGUGGUGUAUCUAUAAAUGAGAAUACUUAUUGGAUGUCGUGUAAUAAAAAAGGAGACUACUCACUACUCAAAAGUUUUGAGUUUUCAACACAAAAGUUUCAACGUUUAUGCGCUCCAUUUCAUCAUGAACCAUGCCAUAAUGAUACUAGGGUUCUCUCGGUUGUUAGAGAAGAACGUCUCUCGUUGUUAUAUCAGAGUAGGAAGACACUAGAGGUGGAAAUAUGGAUGACCGAUGAGAUUGAGACCACAUUUGUGUCGUGGAGCAAGUUCUUAAGAGUAGAUUUAUUAGGAUUAAACCAUUGUUUUUCGGAUUCCAUGAGCUUCUCCAUGAUCGACGAGGAGAAGAAAGUUGUCGUGUGUUGUGAUGAAGCGGGAAAUUUCGACUUCACAAUGGUGUGGAUUGAUAAAGAAGGAGAAGAAUAUAGAGCAUCACCCGAUAUUUCAGUUGAUUGUGGCGUACAAGCAUGGAGUAUACCACUUCUUAGUGUUCCAAGAUUGUUUGGUUAUGUUCCAAAAAAUUAG